AUGGGAAACUGUCAAUAAUGCAAUAAUUUUGGUCCUGCUAAUUAGACAACCGAAAUAAGAACUAAAUCAACUAAACCUAAACAUACACUCAAAUUUACAAAUAAGUUUACACACCAAAAUAUCAAGGGAAUAAUUAGAAUACAAGCUGCAUUUAAAGGCUACAUGGCUAGAAAGUAAUAAUUUUAUUUAAAAAAAUUUUAUUAGAUAGUUCUCUCUUCUAUCUACAUAAUAGAAGUACAAUUCACCCAUUUUUAAUCAUGACAUUAUGAUUUAAGACACAUUCAGCAAUACUGAUGAUUUUCCAAAUUAACCUCAGUAUUUAAUCAUGAAAAAAAGCAUGAUAAUAGAUUAUUUAAAAGAAGAGGAAGAGAUAAAUAAAAAAUUUGCUGAAGUUAAUUAAUAAUGUUAAUCCUAUUGUAAUAAGGAUAUUCCUGAUAAUCAAAGUUAGAUUUCAGAAGGCAGUCCACUAUCAAGUCUAAAAAAAUAAUUCUCAUUCGAUAUGAAUAGCCUUUGCUUUAUUCCUAAAAGUAAAAACGAUAGAUUAUUGACUCUAACUCAAUCAUAGAUUAAACUACCAAUUAUCUAAAUGAUUAAUGGUGCUUAUUAUGAAGGCUAAUGGAAUAAUGGCAAAGCAAAUGGUUUUGGUAAAUAUGUAAUGAUUGAUAACUCAUCAUAUGUUGGUGAAUGGGUAAAUAAUCAAGCAAAUGGGUUUGGAACAUUCUAAUUAAUGGAUGGUGAAUUUUUCAGAGGUCAUUGGAUUUAAAAUGUAGUUGAAGGUUAGGGUAAAUAUACGUUUGUUGAUGGUACUUAUUAUGAAGGGGAGUGGAAGAAUGAUUUGCCAAAUGGUAUCGGAGUCUAAACUUAUUCCAAUGGCUGGAGAUAUGAAGGUAUAACUGUUUUAUAUCUAAGAAAGGAAGUUUUCUUAAUGGAAUUAAGAAUGGUUAAGGAAUAUUAAGAUUUCCUGAUGGUUCAAUCUAUGAAGGUUUCUUUGAAAGAGAUGUUCCUUAAGGAAUGGGUACUCUCAUAUUCUAAGAUGGCAGGAAUUAUACAGGAGAUUGGAAAAAUGGAGUUAAACAUGGAAAAGGAAUUUUUAAAUGGCCAGAUGGAUCCAAAUAUGAUGGAUAUUAUAUUAAUGAUGAAAGAGAAGGAUAUGGAAUUCUCUAUUGGCCAAAUGGUUAAAAAUAUCUUGGAUUAUGGAAAUAAGGAUUAUUUCAUGGUAAUGGAUAAAUCAUUAAACCUAAUGGUACUUCAAUAAGAGGAAAAUGGAUAAAAGGUAAAAGAAUUUAGUCUAAAUUAAAUACUAAUGCAUCAGGAAAAACAAAAACAUCUUAAAUUGACUGA